AUGCGUAAAUCUUUAAGAUGGCUAAUUACGAUAGCCUUCUACUUUUUGAACGCCGUAUCAAUUGGUUACUCAUUUUUGAACUAUGGUUCUAUUUCUGAGUUUUACUUGCACUCCGUUGUGCUCAUUGAAUGCUUUUCGCUACUAGGACUGGUCACCUCUGACUACUUAACGCCAUCUUUGUCAUAUAUUUCUAGUAACAUAUUUCAUAUUUCGGACAGGGUAUCUGGAAUGACUUUACUCGCAUUGGGUAAUGCUCUUCCCGAUAUCACGAGUACCUACCAGUCGAUGAAAACUGGAGUUACCUCCUUGGCUAUCGGUGAGCUCUUCGGUGGUAUAUUUUUCCUUUUAACCGUGGUUAUUGGACUGAUGGGCUGUGUGGCUACUAUACACUUUCAAUACGGCAAAUCCAUCGAAGUUUACACAGAGGAAGGUUCUGAUCAAAACUUAUCGUAUGAUAGAAGCCAUUUUGUAUUGGAUGUCGGAAUAUUUACUUUCAUGCUUCUAGUUUCGGGCACGUUUCUAGCAGAUGGAAAGUUGUACUUUUGGGAGUGCAUUGUUAUGGUUUUAACUUAUUGUUGUUGCGCUGUUUAUCUGAUACAAAGCUAUAAAUAUCCCUGUGAUAUCGACGAUGCCUUAAAAAGAGAAGAGGAAGAAAUAAAUAAAAAACAUAUCGCUGACAGGCUUAUGCCUGUUCCGAAUCACUUUGCCUUAUCAACUGCCAGUUAUAUUUCUCCGACAGGUGAAGCAACAGACCGUUCCAGGUCUUUUGGAGAUACACCGAUCAAUGAAGGCAGUGUUGUUAGUCAGGGUGUGAGUCCUUCGCCAAGCAACUCUGCGGAUAACAUUUUGAGGUUUAACGAAGGUGUGGCUGAAAGAAGAGAACUCAUAAGACGUAAAAUACGGGGUUACUUACGGUCCAAUUAUCAUGGGUGGGUAAGAAUGACUUUGCAAGACCUCUUAAAUGUAUGGGAGAAAGAAAAUCUUUUAGACAAUGCAGCAAGAUCUCUGUCUUUACCCUCCAAUGAAACUCAUUUAUUUACUAAAACUUCCUUGGACGAUGAAGAUAGACCGCUGAUAAGGAAAAGAAUAAACUCUCUACAGCCCAAAGACUAUUACAAGUAUCUAUCACCAUCAAAUGGUGAAAACUUCAAUCAAUUAGGCGCUGUAAUUUCGGCUCCACAAAAUGAGCCUCUAAGUCACUAUAACGAACCCAUGGAUUCAUUUUUGACUGUGCCGCAAAAACAAAAUUCCAGGAAAUCAUUAAGCUGUGAUCGCAUCCCAAAUCUAGUCCAGAAUAAUAAUAAUGUAUCGGCAGAUGAAGUGGAACGCCAGACAUUUUUACAAAAUUCCACUAAUGCUUUGAAUAACAUACCUAAUAUUGUCGAUAGCUCUCUUCUACAAUAUGGGGGAGAUAGUAUGAUGCUUGAAGGAACAUUAUCUCUCUGUCCGACAAAAACCAGAACGGUUUGGCAAAGUUUCCAGCUCUACAAUUACUUGACGGAUCUGUCCUUGGAUAUCGGCCCCUCCGAAUUCUUGUCAUUAUUAGUUACCACACCAGUAUCAAUAAUUCUUUAUCUGUCCGUACCAUCGGAAGUAUGUCAAAAAAGCCAUGACUCCCAUAUUUCGUACUUACAAAUUAUUCAAGUAAUUGCAUCGCCAAUAAUUAUCAAUCAACUGGUCAUAGAUGACUUUUCAUAUUGGUUGCUAAUAUUGUCACUAGUGAUAGCCAUCUCACUAUGUUUCAAAAUAAAGAUCACGCCGAACAAGUACAAUUCGGACAUUACCUUUACCGUAGCAUUUUUAUUAUCGUUAGCUUGUCUUUCAAAAACAGUUCACAUAGUUGUUGUCACAUUAACACACUGGAUAAACGUGUUUGAUAUAUCUGAAACAAUACUGGGCUUAACGAUUUUUACAUGGGGUAAUUCGAUUGGUGAUUUGGUAUCGAAUAUCACUUUUGUUAGGAUGGGAGUUUUAGAAAUCGCCAUAGGUGCCUGUUUCGGCAGUCCGCUUUUGUAUUUCUUGUUUGGUGUUGGAUUUGAUGGAAUCAUGAUAAUGCUAUGCGACAAAACUGCGAAAAUGGUGGAUGGUAGAGACAAUAAUAUUCUUAUGCAUCAUAUUGAUUUUGAAGUGGAUAAAAACCUGAUUAACACUGGAGUCGGAAUUCUGAUCGCGUUUUUGGUAUUUACAGUUUUAAUACCAUUGAACGGCUGGAAAAUUGAUAAAAAAAUUAGCAUUGUACUUCUUACGUUGUAUGUACUUGUCACAAGUAUUAGUGUUUUUCUGGAAGUUCACUAA